AUGGCUGCAGGCCUCAAAACUGUUAUCCUGUUGUCCUUUGUGCUCGCCGUUGGUUUCCUACUCAUCAUUCUCUCUUGUGCGCUCUGGCAAAAUUGGUUACCCCUACUAGUUGCAUUGACCUUCGUUAUUGCACCACUGCCUAACGCGUUGUUUUCUCAUUGUGGUUCCGACGAUUUCUCCGGUGCAUACGAAUCAGCUGGACCGAUUGAUAUUGGACGCUUCCUCACUUCCGUCAUUGUUGUGAGUGGUUUUGCGUUUCCGGUUGUUCUGGCGCACUCGGGGGUGAUUGAUAAGACGGCCUGCGCAAUGUCUAUCGUCGGUGGAGGUUUGGUUUAUGGAACCAUUAUAGCUUACUCCGCAGCCUUCAAACAAGAAGAAGAGUACGAGUAA